UAUUUGACAAGGCUUUCAUAGGAGUUUUGGGCAUUUCCAGAGGUAGUAGUUUUAACCCAUCCGCUGCGAUUGGCAUGGAUUUCGCCUUUACUGGUAGCCUGGUAACAUACACUCCCAGGUCUUUCUCUGCCUCUGUGGUGGAUAGUGGAGUGUUUCCCAUGUGGUAUUGGUGUGCUGGAUAUCCCUUCACUGGUAGCCUGGUAACAUACACUCCCAGGUCUUUCUCUGCCUCUGUGGUGGAUAGUGAAGUGUUUCCCAUGUGGUAUUGGUGUGCUGGAUAUCCCUUCACUGGUAGCCUGGUAACAUACACUCCCAGGUCUUUCUCUGCCUCUGUGGUGGAUAGUGGAGUGUUUCCCAUGUGGUAUUGGUGUGCUGGAUAUCCCUUCACUGGUAGCCUGGUAACAUACACUCCCAGGUCUUUCUCUGCCUCUGUGGUGGAUAGUGGAGUGUUUCCCAUCUGGUAUUGGUGUGCUGGAUAUCCCUUCACUGGUAGCCUGGUAACAUACACUCCCAGGUCUUUCUCUGCCUCUAUGGUGGAUAGUGGAGUGUUUCCCAUGUGGUAUUGGUGUGCUGGAUAUCCCUUCACUGGUAGCCUGGUAACAUACACUCCCAGGUCUUUCUCUGCCUCUAUGGUGGAUAGUGGAGUGUUUCCCAUGUGGUAUUGGUGUGCUGGAUAUCCCUUCACUGGUAGCCUGGUAACAUACACUCCCAGGUCUUUCUCUGCCUCUGUGGUGGAUAGUGGAGUGUUUCCCAUGUGGUAUUGGUGUGCUGGAUAUCCCUUCACUGGUAGCCUGGUAACAUACACUCCCAGGUCUUUCUCUGCCUCUGUGGUGGAUAGUGGAGUGUUUCCCAUGUGGUAUUGGUGUGCUGGAUAUCCCUUCACUGGUAGCCUGGUAACAUACACUCCCAGGUCUUUCUCUGCCUCUGUGGUGGAUAGUGGAGUGUUUCCCAUGUGGUAUUGGUGUGCUGGAUAUCCCUUCACUGGUAGCCUGGUAACAUACACUCCCAGGUCUUUCUCUGCCUCUGUGGUGGAUAGUGGAGUGUUUCCCAUGUGGUAUUGGUGUGCUGGAUAUCCCUUCACUGGUAGCCUGGUAACAUACACUCCCAGGUCUUUCUCUGCCUCUGUGGUGGAUAGUGGAGUGUUUCCAUGUGGUAUUGGUGUGCUGGAUAUCCCUUCACUGGUAGCCUGGUAACAUACACUCCCAGGUCUUUCUCUGCCUCUGUGGUGGAUAGUGGAGUGUUUCCCAUGUGGUAUUGGUGUGCUGGAUAUCCCUUCACUGGUAGCCUGGUAACAUACACUCCCAGGUCUUUCUCUGCCUCUGUGGUGGAUAGUGGAGUGUUUCCCAUGUGGUAUUGGUGUGCUGGAUAUCCCUUCACUGGUAGCCUGGUAACAUACACUCCCAGGUCUUUCUCUGCCUCUGUGGUGGAUAGUGGAGUGUUUCCCAUGUGGUAUUGGUGUGCUGGAUAUCCCUUCACUGGUAGCCUGGUAACAUACACUCCCAGGUCUUUCUCUGCCUCUGUGGUGGAUAGUGGAGUGUUUCCCAUGUGGUAUUGGUGUGCUGGAUAUCCCUUCACUGGUAGCCUGGUAACAUACACUCCCAGGUCUUUCUGCCUCUGUGGUGGAUAGUGGAGUGUUUCCAUGUGGUAUUGGUGUGCUGGAUAUCCCUUCACUGGUAGCCUGGUAACAUACACUCCCAGGUCUUUCUCUGCCUCUGUGGUGGAUAGUGGAGUGUUUCCCAUGUGGUAUUGGUGUGCUGGAUAUCCCUUCACUGGUAGCCUGGUAACAUACACUCCCAGGUCUUUCUCUGCCUCUGUGGUGGAUAGUGGAGUGUUUCCCAUGUGGUAUUGGUAUGCUGGAUAUCCCCUCCCAAGGUGAAGGACUUUACAUUUUUCUUAACUGAAUUGUAGCAGCCACUUUUUGUUCCACUCCUGUAGCUUGGUGAUGUCUUCUUGUAGGAAAUCCGCAGUCAAGGGGUUAAGAUGGCGCCACUAUAAACACCUGCCUGCACCAAUACGGGCUGGGGCCGACUACCAUCCAGGCCCCUCAAACAAGCCUAUCGGCGCUAUAGGCGUAGAUAUAAAAAAAAGAGA